AUGCUUGCAAGAAUUGAACCUCAUUAUUGGUGGCCAAAGAUGAAAGCAGAAGUAGAGAACUAUGCAAAAACGUGCCAACGCUGUGCUGCUACUCUUGCCCAGGGACAUAGAAAAGCACCCAUUCAUCAACGACCAAAAGAAGAGAAACCAUUUGCGUUGAUAGAAGUAGAUCUCAAGGGUCCAUUAUCGAGAACGAAAGAGGGAUUUGACAAUAUUGUUGUGAUAACAGAUUCAUGUACAAAAUACGCAGAGAUGCAUCCAAUUCGAUACCCUGGAUUCCAGAGCCUUCGACAGUAACUAAUAAAUUGAAAUGUCGCGAAGGCUCUGGUUCAACGGGGCGAUUCUUUGAUUAAACCGCGCCAAUCACAAAACAGAAUUAGUGGUUUUAGUACAGAAUCUGUACUAAAACCACUAAUUUUGUUUUGUGACUGGCGCGGUUCAAUCAAAGAAUCGCCCCGUUGAACCAGAGCCUUCGCGACAUUUCAAUUUAUUAUUUACUGUCGAAGGCUCUGGAAUCCAGGGUACCAAUUCGUGGACAAACCAGCCAAGUUGUUUGUAAGACACUCAUGGGUUGGAUAUCAAGAUAUGGUUUACCAAACAAAGUGCACUCUGACAAUGGACCUUGUUUCAUAAGCGAAACAUUUGAACAGUUUUGCAUAACGCAAGGCAUUGAGCAUACUUUCAGUCUAUCCUAUAGGCCACAAGGAAACGCGGGUGUAGAACGGAUUAAUAGUACGAUGGGGGAAGCACUCACAAAAUUGGUAGAUAAGCAUCCCAACCGAUGGUCUCAACACCUACCUAACGUACAACUAGCAUACAACACAGCAGUUCGUACAAGUACAGGAGUUUCGCCGUAUGAACUAGUUUUCAAGGAGCACCCGUGAUCAAAAUUCGAAAUUAUAACAGAGAAGAUAUCACCAGCAACGGUUAGAGAGAAAACGGAACGACUGCGCGAGACUGUUAGUGAGGUAUUCCAAAAAGCCCAAGAGUCCGAUGCCAAGUUAGCGGAAAAACGCAGAGAACGAUACAAAGGUAAAACUUCGUUUAAAUCGUUGGGGGUGGGUCAACAAGUUUGGAAAAGAAAUUUACGAGCAAAAACAUUUGCAGAUCGGUGGACGGGACCCUAUGUCGUGGUAAAGCCCACGUCUGUAACCAAAACAUCUUAUGUAGUGAGAAGGAAUAAUGGAACUAAAGAAGAAAUUGUCCAUUACAAUUACCUAAAAUCUUAUCAGAUUCGACCUGUCAAGAAACCAAAGUCAAGGAAUCCACCAAAGAAGAAUGGGGUCGGACACCCAGCAAUGGGUACCAGUGAGGACAGUGAAUCUGACAGCAGAGUAGAGGAAAUGCAACCAGAGAGAAGAUAUCCAGAAAGAAUUCGUACACCUCCAGAAAAAUACACAUAA